AUGGCGGACGAACAAGCUAUCGCGGUGUUAAAAAAGAAACGCGGUAUUGUUAAGGGUCAAUUGUCGAAGUUCGUAACAUUUAUCGAUAGAUAUAGCGAGGCGGGACACACGCCGGAAUUAGAGGCUAGGUUAGAAAAGGCCGAGCAAUUGUGGGCGAACUUUGACCGAGUGCAGACAGAACUCGAGAUAGCGGAUGAAGCGCAAUCAUCACAUCGCGACGCGUUUGAAGAAUCGUAUUUCGCAGUAAUAGGAAAGGCUAAAGGGUUGAGACAGACACCUACAGUUGCGCAGCCGCAAGCGGGUUACACGUGUAACAAUCAAAACGUAAAGUUACCUGCAUUGAAAUUACCGGAUUUCAAUGGUGAGUAUAGUAAAUGGAUACAAUUUAGCGAUACAUUUAAGGCGAUUAUUCACAAUAAUACAGCAUUGACCACCACCCAAAAAUUCUACUACUUGAAAUCGUGCUUGAGCGGAGACGCCGCACGAACAUUAGAUACGUUAGAAGCGUCGGACGCAAAUUACGAUGUCGCGUGGGAUAUUUUAACAGAACGAUUUGAGAACAAAAACAUUAUAGUUCACAAUCAUGUGAAGGCAUUAUUCGAGUUGCCGCCGGUUACUAAAGACUCAUACAAUUCUCUUAGGGAUUUGUCCGACAGCAUAUCGCAACACUUACGAGCAUUAAAGUCAUUAGACCAGCCAGUCGAUAGCUGGGAUUCAAUCAUUAUCUAUCUUUGCGCGUCUAAAUUGGACAUUGCAUCACGUAACGAGUGGGAGAAGCUAUCGGUUAAGAGUAGCGAACUGCCAGAUAUCGAUGAAUUUAAAACAUUCUUAAAUGAACGCUGUCAAAUCCUGGAAAGAUUGUCCAAAGACAAUAAGCAAUUGGAUAAACGAAACGUAAUUAAGGAUUCAAGGGACAAGUCGAAAGCAAAUUCAUUAUCACAUUUAGCAUCAAACGUAGAUUUGUUGUCUUUGUCGGUUGAUGAGCGAUUGGCACAGAUCAGAAAACUAAAACUAUGCACCAACUGUUUAAGAAAUAAUCAUUUCAGUAAAAAUUGCAAGGCGGGAGGCUGUAAAAAAUGCAAUGGUCGACACAAUACGUUGUUGCAUCUUGGAGAAUCUAAAACUGAAGGCAAGGCAGAGAAUCAACCAUCCUCAAAGGCAACUAAGACAGAGACCAAGGAUGAACUUAACACGACGCAUGAAUCCACGGUAACCACGCACUCAGCUCAGAUAACGCGAGAUUCGUACAUAUUGUUAGCAACAGCAAGGGUGCUGAUAUUCGAUAAUAACGGAAAGUCAUACCAAUGUAGAGCGUUAUUAGACAACGGGUCUCAAUCCAAUUUUAUUACAAUGCAAUUAGCGCUGAAGUUAGGUCUUGCAAAAACGCCUAUAAAACUUCCGGUGUGCGGAGUUAAUCAGAGCAUUACUAACAUUUCGCACAAAACCAAAUCAUCUAUUAAAUCGCUGCAUAACAAUUAUAGGGCCGAAUUGUCUUUCAUGGUAGUCGAUAAUAUUACGCAGGAGUUGCCAAAUAAGUUUUACAAUAUUUCGGCGUUAAAUAUACCCGAAGGAUUGUCUCUAGCAGAUCCACGGUUUAAUUGUCCUGAAACGGUAGACUUACUAUUAGGCGCGGGUAUAUUCUGGGAGUUGCUUUGCGCAG